AUGGCUGGUCGCUACGAUCGAAACCCAUUCGCCGAAGGAGAAGAAAUCAAUCCUUUUGCUAAUCCUGGGAGUGUUCCCGCUGCUUCCAACUCCAGACUAUCGCCUUUGCCUCCGGAACCUGCUGGUUUUGGCUAUGGUCGCACCGUUGACAUUCCUCUUGACAGACCGGGGUCCGGUACUCAGGAUUUGAAGAAGAAAGAGAAGGAGCUCCAAGCCAAAGAAGCCGAGCUAAACCGACGAGAGCAGGAUCUUAAACGGAAAGAGGAUGCUGCACAAGCCGGAGUUGUUAUCGAGGAGAAAAACUGGCCACCCUUGUUCCCACUAAUCCACCAUGACAUUGCAAAUGAAAUUCCCAUUAGUCUCCAAAGGCUACAGUAUGUUGCAUUUGCAACGUAUCUAGGGUUGGUUCUUGCACUUUUCUGGAAUAUCAUCGCCGUUACUACAGCUUGGAUCAAAGGAGAAGGAGUAACGAUUUGGCUUCUCGCGGUUAUUUACUUCAUCGCUGGUGUCCCAGGAGGCUAUGUGUUAUGGUAUCGACCUCUCUACCGUGCCUUGAGAAAUGAUAGCGCAUUGCACUUUGGAUCGUUUUUCUUGUUCUACAUGCUCCACAUACUUUUCUGCGUCUUUGCUGCAGUUGCUCCUCCUGUUGUCUUCAAAGGAAAAUCACUUGCGGGCAUAUUACCUGCAAUAGAUAUGUUGAGCGCUCAAGCAUUGGUCGGAAUCUUCUACUUCAUCGGGUUUGCGUUUUUCUGCCUUGAAUCAGUGGUCAGCAUUUGGGUUAUUCAGCAAGUAUACAUGUACUUCCGAGGAAGCGGGAAAGCGACUGAGAUGAGACGAGAUGCUGCAAGAGGAGCCAUGAGAGCUGCCGUAUGA